CUUUAAUAGAAUUAAGUUCAAUAUAUUUCUAGUCAAUCCAAGUAAUAUGACUAACCGCCUGGUACAACGUGGAUGUUCAGUGCGGAAUCAUGCUUUUGAUAUAAGUUAAUAACUAAAUACUCAUUCUGGCCGGGAGGCUCAUGGCUUUGACAAAGUUUGGGAAUUAUUUUGCUCCUAAGCUUAACUUAAACUGUAUACUUUGACUGGUUGCUAUGAAAAGCUACCUUCAGAUGCCUGAACAAACUAUUUCUGUAAACAAACAGACUGCCCUCCUUUCUAUCCAAGUCAAGUACGAGCUCUACACUAAAACUCACCAGCAGCAGCUUGCUCAAGAUCUCUUCUUUACACCACUAAAGCUUUACAUAUAAUCGACACCAUCACUGCUAUAAACCAUGGACUUCCUAAACGAGCUCGAGUCAAUGGCUCAGGUCGCCAUCCAGCAGCCACAACAACCAGACGAGAUAGAUAGCGACGACAUCAAGAGAUGGCAAUCGCUAUUUGGUUAUACAUACGCCCAAGCUAUACAGAAAAUCCAAGAGCACAGAACGGAUUUGUCUCGUGUCCUCGUUACGGACUCUCAUUGGGAUAUUGUGCGCGCGGAGAAAGAGGCAGAAGGCUACGACAAGGAGGCCUACGAGCACUCCCGUAGCCUCAUGGCGUCCCUUACAUCCAACUCGAGGCCCCAAAAGAUUACUAGCAAGACUAGACUAUCGGUCUAUCUUCUUAAGCUCGAAGGACCUCUUGAUAACGUAUUCCAAGUGCAAUCAGCCGCCGGUCUCGACAUAGCACCUCAAGAGCAUAAAGGCACAGAUGACUCGGGCGAGCACACAAUCUUUUGCAAAGUCGAUGCAAACACCAAGCACAAGCUUCUCGAGUUCCUCGCCAGCCAGGGGUCAAGAUUUCAACCCACAUUCAUCCGGUACUCGAGGGCAGAGAAGAACUUGUCCACGAAAUCAGCAUACCCGACUCUCGGCAUCGACACGACUAUGCCCCAGCAUCGCCUCCGCUCUACAGACGACCCGAAGCUGGUUCCGGCACAGAACCAAUACCCGGUGUGGUACUUCUUCUAUGGGACCCUUGCGGACCCGUCGGUCUUGAAGCGACUGUUAGGUAUCGAUCCGUCGUACCGCCCUGCGAGCGUGGUGGGCGGUGUUUUGAAGACGUGGGGUGGAAAAUACAAGGCGUUGGUUGAUGCGCCGAGCGACAAAACAGUACAAGGGCAAGCAUUCCUUGUACAGGACCAGGAGCAGGAGGAAUGCCUCCAGUUGUAUGAGACGGACAAGUACGAGGUGGUUCGGUGCGAAAUGGAGAUCGAGGGGAUGGAGGAAGUAAAGGGGCUCACGUUUCGGUUCGUCGGUGAUGUCGACUAACUAACUAGUGAAGCUUUUUGGUUGGGAGAAUGAGAAUAUGAUACUUGCUUUACUACUUCGUACAUAUGAACGAACUCAUGGGUUGGUUCUUUUGCUGGUCCUAAAACAGCGUUAAAAAUAACUAAUAAUAUUUUUACUACUCGUUGUGAAGACGAAGACCACGAUAUAACUUAAUAUUCGCCUUCUUUCUG